UGUGAGACAAACAAGCAAAAGAUAAAUAAAAGUAAAAGCGAAUUAGUCACCGGUAGAAUUAAAAUUUUUAUAAUUUGACAAAAUUUCAUUUAAAAAAGUGAUACGUGAUGAAUUGAAGAAGAAAAAAAUAUAAAUUUCUUGUUUUGCCAAGUGUUAAUGAAUCAAAUAUUUACAAAUAUCGCUAAAAUAUUUAUUUUUGACAUGGAAAUUUUUCCGUAAUAUGGAUAAACGAGAUACAAUUGUUCAAACAGAGCGAUUGCUAGAAAAAAACAAAGUAUAUGAACUGCCUCGUGUCUCAAUGCGGAAAAACCGAAAAAACAGUCUCGCAUUUAAUUGGACAACACGUAGCGGUCGUUCGAAGAAGCUAAUUUUGAUUACAGCCAUCAUGUUGAUUUCCAUUGUGGCAAUUACGCUCUUUUUGACGCUUGCGAGCGGAGUUCCUGUUCCAUCGGGUCCCUGUGACUAUUGUACCACGCACAAAGGUCCGCAUAUGCAUCCAGAUGAGGAAUUGAGAAUGGUUCAUAUGGUUUUGAGACACGGAGCUCGUACAAUUGUCGAUACUUACCCGAAAGAUCCUCACUAUAAUCACACUUUUUAUCCUUAUGGACGAGGACAAUUGACGAAUGAAGGUAAAAAGACGUUGUUCGAAAUUGGACUUUGGGCUCGUAAGCGUUACGGAAAGUUGUUGGGAGACACUUAUCAAGAUAGCGCCAUCCAUGCACAAAGUACGGGAGUUACGAGAACUCAAAUGUCGAUAGCUUUAGUCCUCGCAGGCCUUUGGGAGCCAAAAGGAACGACACUUGAGUGGAAUAAAAAAUUAAAUUGGCUUCCGAUUCCUUAUUCUUACGAAGAACUCGAAAAAGAUACGCUACUUCUUGUUCGCACAUCAUGUCCUCGUUAUUCGGAAGAGCUCGCAAACGUACUUAAAUCCGGCGAAAUUCUCGAAAUAAUUGAACGCAGUCAAACCCUCUUCGAAGAAUUGCACAAUAUCACGGGAAAUAACUUCAAAACGCCCGACGACAUCCAAGAUUUGUACAGUACCUUGAAAGCCGAGCAUGAAUUCGGUCUCGUACUUCCCGAAUUUAUUCGUGAUUACUUCCCACAUCGCUUGCAAGAACUCACCGAUCUCAGUUACAUCGUCAACGUUUACAAUGACGAGCUGAAAAAAAUCAAGGGAGGUCCAUUCCUCAAAAAAACCCUCAACGAAUGGAAAUUACGUGCUGCCAACAAUACCGAUGUCAAAAAAAUGUAUUUGUAUGUGGGACAUGAUGCCACCGUUGUUAACGUUAUGUCUGCUUUUAACGUUUGGGCGCCACAAUUCCCCGAUUAUGCAACAACUGGCGUCUUUGAGCUGUACCAAAAUAAGAAAACGGGAGUUUGGGGCGUGCAAAUUUUGUUGAACAAAAAUGACGCUGGCACGCAAUUACUCAAUAUUCCUGGCUGUGAAAACCCUUGUCCAUUGGAUAAAUUGGAAACUUUGUUGGCAAAUCAUAUUCCGGGAGAUAUGGCGGAAGAAUGCAAACCUUUGCAAGAAGGAUUUACUGAUGCGCCAAACCGAGGACCUUAAAAAAGUUGUAAAUUGUUUAAAAAUUGACUAUUUCUAAGUUCUCGUAAUAAUGAGGACAUUUUCUCAAAAAAAAAAAAAAUUUUUUAAGUUUAAUAAUUUUUUUUUAUCUAAAAUAAAAAAAUAAACAUUUUCUGUUAUAAAGUUCAAAAACUCUUGUAAAAAUGUCUCGAUUUUUUUUAAUUUUAAAAAAUCUUCUAACUAAAAAAUAAAUAUUCUUUGAAAAACAUAUUUUUGAAAGAAAUUCACAAAAUG